AUGUGGUGGAACAGGAGAUUCUCAUCAUGGAUGUGCAGCCGAGAAAUCUGCAGCAACUGUGUGAUGCUAUCAUGUCAAUAUGGACCAAAAUCUGGUUGAAACUAUGACACCAAGAAUUAAGGCAGUUCUGAAGGCAAAAGGGGUUCAACCUGGUACGAGCAAGGUGUACCUAAUAAAGUGGCUAAAGCACAAAAGAUUUCAGACUUUGCCCUUAUUCCAAAAAAGAUCAUAUUCCCAUCAAGCUGUUGACAUGGCAAAUGAAAAUGAAUAUUCUACCAAUAUUCCUGCACGGUCAUGGAGGACCUGGAAAAGUCAUGGAAUUUCACAGUCACGUUUUCUGUUCUGAUUUGAUUUUCUAAUAAUAUAAUCAGCCUUUAAUACAUCUCAGUAAUUAUGUCCACAGAAUAUUAAUCUCAGGAGGGUUUGAACAAGCUGUUUUCUGGAGAUACUUAAGGUAUUCAGGAUGUUCUGAUAUUUGGGUUCUGAACGGCACUGUUUUGAAGCACUUUAUAUGUUUUAUUUGCAGUUUUAUAAAGACCAGAGGUUCAGCUCCCAGGAGUUCCCUCUAAAAGUGUAAGUGGGGCAAAGUUUGAGCCACUCAGCUCCUGCUUGUUGUGCCUGACCCCUUGUGGUCAGACUCACCUGGAUGCCACAUGACAGACCGGCCUCCUGACAGUGACAAAGGCGAUGGUAUCUACAGCACAAUCCAAGCGGAUGAUACAAAAUGUCAAAGAAAUAACAGACUACAAUGUUAUCGAGAAAGAGAGAACUUUCAGACUGUGCUAUUGUCGUUGCUACAUUUGUGUGCUGGAUUAGGAAAAGACAGGAUGGACUUAUCUCAGAGGAGAAGCGGAUAAUUUAUUGGAUAUGAAACCAAAAGCUUGUUUUGGAGGUGAAGCAGGAAAUUAAAAGUUUAUUUUGGCAUACUUUGUUACAUAUCAACAUGUAUAAACUUCACACAUUUUGCAUCAUUGCAUCACCUGUAUUGUUUCCGUGCAGUGUCUUAAACAAUGUGAUGGCCUGACCUGUGCCAAUAUACCAUUAUAAAUCCCCUUAAGUAAAGGGAUCUUUCUUUUAAAAAGGUAUCUGUAAAAUGUCCGCCUAUGACAACUUUAUUUAAAUAUCAAGUGAAAGGUAAAGAGACAAUUAUAAUAAUAAUCUGAGCCGCUCCGUGGCAAAAAUAAGCACUUUUAAUGGACAUACAGUGACGAUGUCCAGUUGCCCCAUGUACCUCCAUUGCAGCUUGUUCCACAGCUGCCGGCUCCAUCAAUCAUCAGAAACGCUACUGUUUGUAUCAGUCUCUUUGUUCAAUUUCCACGGGGAAAUAGGGGCCAGGUUGAAAAAUGCCGAAAUUAUCCUUUAAGUCAGAACCCUAACCAUCUCCAAAGUAAUUUUUACUUUGCACUUUUUAUUGAGGGAAUGAGACGAUCUAUUAAUCAAAAUCAUCACUUUUCACUGUAUAAAUUAUUUUCGUGACAAACAUCCAUUUCAUGGAGGGGAAAUUUAAAAAUUAUUUUAAUAAAACACAGGGUCAUGUUUUGUUUUAACUCAGGUAGAGACAUCUGAAAACCCCCUUUGAGUAUUUCUGCUUGAACCUGCCGCAUGCCCCCAACCUUUGGAAUUACAAUUGUUUACAAAUGAGCAAUGAGCUACAAUUAGCAAGUUAGCUAUGAGCUAAAUUAAUAAGUUCGCUAUGAGCUAAAAUGAGCAUAUUACAUAUGAGCUAAAUUAGCAAGUUAGCUAUGAGCUAAAUAAGUAAGUUAGCUAUGAGCUAAAUUAGCAAGUUAGCUAUGAGCUAAAUAAGUAAGUUAGCUAUGAGCUACAAUUAGCAAGUUAGCUUUGAGCUAAAUUAGCAAGUUGGGGUCAUCCCUAUGUUUCCCAGGUUCUAUGUUUCCCGCUUACUAAAAAAAAGGUUCUAUGAUCCCCGCUUAUCCAAAAAAGGCAGGAAACAUAGCAGUUGCAUUAAUAUGUUGUUUUAACAUCUCUAAACACACACAACGGAACAUAAUGGGGAGAAAUUACAAUGAGAAACGUACCCUUUGGGCGAUCUGUGGUGGGCAAUCUGGGCAAUUAUAUCCUUUCCAGAAGGUUGGGGAACAUAGAACCUUUUUUGCAGGGUUAAGUGGGGAACAUAUAACCCGGGAAACAUAGAUACGCUCCCAGUUAGCUAUGAGCUAACUGGGAGCGUAUCUUUAACUUCACAAAUACUGAUACUCCUGUGAAUGGAGCUGGAAGAGUUAAAUGUUAUCAGGAAAUGGAGCAGGGGAGGAGACGUUACCAACGUCAACAUGCUGAAACGAAACUUGAGGAGACUGAAGGAGUUGCUUUCAAAGUGUAGUUUGCUUUGAUAUUGUUGCGCAGCUGCUUUUAAAACCUGCUACUUUACAGAUAUGGCAACUUCCAGCUGUCUGCUGUCAGAGGAGAAGUUCCUUUGUUCUGUCUGUCUGGAUGUGUUCACUGAGCCAGUCUCAACGCCAUGUGGACACAACUUCUGCAGUGCAUGUAUCCAUAAGUAUUGGGACAGCAGGGACAUUUGCCAGUGUCCAUUAUGCAAAAGAACAUUUUCUCCAAGACCUCAACUCCAAGUCAACACUUUUGUGUCUGAGUUACUCGCUGAGUUUAAGUCGUCAGUUCAAGUUAAAGCCUCAACUCCAGACCCACAACUUCCUGGAACAGCAGACGUUCUUUGUGAUAUCUGCUCUGAUUUAAAGGAAAAGGCCGUCAAAUCUUGCCUGACGUGUCUUGUGUCUUUCUGUGAAGUGCACCUUGAGCCACAUCACAGAGUUGCACGUCUCAAGAGCCACACAUUAUUAGACCCUGUGAAGAAUCUUGAUGACAAAAUGUGCAAGACACACAACAAGAUAACAGAACUGUACUGCAGGACUGACCAGGCCUGUAUUUGUGUCUUGUGUUUCAAAACCGAUCACAGGAGUCACAAUGUUGUCCCACUUGAGGAAGAAUAUGAAGCAGUGAUGGCAAAGAAAGAUGAGACCAUGGCAAAUAUCCAAAAGAUGAUAGAGUCACGGUGUGAGAAGAUAGCUGAGAUUGAAGAGUCACUUGAAGUCAGCCAGAGAGAAGCUGAGAAAGAGAAAGAAGCCAGUGUGCAGGUCUUCACUGACCUGAUCCGCUCCAUCCAGAGAAGCCAGGCCGAGCUGGUUGAGCUGAUUGAGGAGAGGUACAGAGCAACAAAGCAAAAGGCGGAAGGUUUCCUCACAGAACUGAGGAUGGAAGUCGCUGAGCUCCAGAGCAGAAGCAGCCAGCUGGAGCAGCUGUCACAGUCUGAGGAUCACCAUCAUUUUCUCCAGAGCUUCUCAACCCUGUGCUCUCCUUCAAACAAGGACUGGACCAACGUCAGUGUUCACAGCCAUCUGUCUUUGGAGGCAGUGAGAGGGGCUGUGAGUCUGCUGAAACAAAGACUUGAUGAAAUAAUGGAGGAGAUCAAAAUGAUCAGAAUGAGAGAACAUGCAGUGGACUUGACCUUUAACCCUGACACAGCAUAUGACUCACUUGUUAUCAGCCAGGAUGGAAAACAAGUGACAAAUGUAGGCACAGAACAGAAACUUCCCUACAGUCCAAAGAGGUUUGAAGUGUGCACAGAGGUUUUGUCAAAGGAGGGGUUCACAUCAGGGAAGUUUUAUUAUGAAGUGCAAGUGACAGGAAAGACUGAGUGGUAUCUUGGAGUGGUCAGAGAGUCUGUUGAGAGAAAGGAGGACAUGGAUUUGUUCAUUGAAAAUGGUUACUGGACCUUUGGACUUGAUGAGGGUUCAUAUAUCGCUCAUACAACAGCAAGAGUUGAACUCACAGUGAAAGGAAAGCUUGAGAAGGUGGGGAUCUUUGUGGACUAUGAUAAGGGAAAGGUUUCUUUCUAUGAUGUGAAUUCUAAAUCUCAUAUCUAUUCUUUCACUGGCUGCCACUUCACAGAGACACUGUAUCCAUAUUUCUGCCCUCAAGGUUUCAUGGAUGGAACAAACUCCGCCCCUCUCAUCAUAACCCCUGUACCUACAACACACUGAGUUUGGCCCUUCUUUAAAAGGUCCAGUGUGUAAAAGCCCAGAUUCACCAAACCUGAAAGAUGAAGGCCGUUGCUGUGUCGUGACCAAAAAAGUUGCGCAUCACGAAAUGUUUCUGCUACAUAGUUCAAUGGAUAAGAGAAAAAUAAACUUACUUAAUGUAACAAGUAGAUUUUGAUCUUGACAGACGCUCUUCAACAGCCCAACUUUGACUGACAGUCGACCAUCAGCUUGGUGCGUCAGGGCCUUAAGAUUUAGGGGGUUUUAGUGGCAUCUAGUGGUGAGGACUGCAGAUUGCAACUAACUGAAACUUCUCCCGAUUACAAAUUUUCAGUGUCCAUCACUAGGAAGUAUUUACUUGGAGCUGACUUCUCCGCAGACGUCUCUUCCUCUUCAAUAACAAACAAAGUCAGUAAUUUAAACCGGUAAAAAACAUGGUGGUCUCCGUAGACGAGGACCGGCUCCAUAUAUAGAUAUAAACGGCUCAUGCUAAGGUAACAAAACGACAAUGAUUCUUAUUUUCGGGUGAUUAUACACUAAAGAAAACAAACUGUUAUUACAUUUAAUUUCUGCCAAUACAUCCCCUUUAAUCCUACACACUGGACCUUUAAUGUCAAUACACUUUACAGAUCUGCAAAUGCUAUAUUGGUAAUCUCAAACUAGCCUCUCUAAUAUUUACAUGUUUUCUCUUUAUGCAUGGAUAUAUAAAAGAAGCAUGACGCUGCAUGACAAGUGACUUCCUGUUUCCCUCUCUACAGUGUACAUUUCUGUAAAUAUGAUGAUGUGAACUCAUGAUACUAAUGUUGCACAGUUAUAUUGUCAGAUCCUGUUGUAUCACAAUAGAGGAUAUAAUGUUUCUCUGUUCAGACGUUCUGUUCUCUUACAAUCUUCUGCUCCUGCAAAAUCAGACAUGUUUUGCCUUUCAAAGACCAGUGUCUAAAUAUUCUUCAUUUUGUUGCUUUCUUGUGAUUCACUGUGAAUUUUGUGCUUCUGUGACAACUGGGGCUGAAUAAACUGCACAUCUAAACUUGAUUAGACGAGA